AGUGGAAGUCUGGCACAUGGCUGAGAGCCUCACCAACAUGCCUCGGCACUCACUCUACAUCAUCAUCAUCGGAGCCCUCUGUGUGGCCUUUGUGCUCAUGCUCAUCAUUCUGAUUGUGGGUAUCUGCCGCAUCAGCCGCAUUGAGUACCAAGGCUCCUCCCGGCCAGCCUAUGAGGAAUUCUACAACUGCCGCAGCAUUGACAGCGAGUUCAGCAAUGCCAUUGCAUCCAUCCGGCAUGCCAGGUUUGGGAAGAAAUCUCGGCCUGCGAUGUACGACGUGACUCCUAUUGCCUACGAGGAUUACAGCCCCGAUGACAAGCCCUUGGUUACACUGAUUAAAACAAAAGAUUUGUAAUCUUCUUUUUUUGGGAUUAUUUUUCAAAAAAGAUGAGAUACUAAGAUCAUUUAAAUAUUUUUAAGAAAAUUAAAAAGCUUAAGAAAUUUAAAAUGUUAGCUGCUCAUGAGUUUUCAGUAGACUACCGAAGAACUAAGGUUCUGCAGCUUUUAGUUUGAAAAAAGUAUUUUAAAAAAACCAGAAUUUGUGAAAUCCAUAGACCAUGUUUUAAUGUACCUUCAGCUCUCAACACUGUCUGCUUCAACAAGUAUGGGCUCUUUUGACAGUAGACCCUACCAUGAAACCCAGAUGGACUUCUGUGGUUGUUACAGAGUAAGUCUUACAUAGGAAGAGUUUCUUGUGAUGUGUGAGUGCCGGCUUUCUGAGUAGAGUUAGGAAAAUAAGUAGAGUAUGAUGCAUAAUCCAGUAUAAUCGUUACUUACUAUGAUGUGCCGUCUGAGAUGUCUGUUUUGUGAAAAAGAAAACUAGUUAAAUUUAUUAUUCCUAACCCGAAUGAAAUUAGCCUCUGCCUUAUUCUGUGCAUGGGUAAGUAACUUAUUUUCUGUACCGUUUUGUUGAAUUCCGAGGAAAUAAUGUUCUUUCAAGUUUUAGUCAUUUUUGUAACAAUCCUUGAACUUGACCUUGUAAACACAAACAAGGGAAGGGCCUAGGGAGGCAAAUACUGAUCAGUUUCAACCAUUUUUUUUCUUUUAAAAAUCAAGUGUUUUUCUUUUUAAUUGUAGUGGAUUAAAUUACAUUGCAGGUGUUUUCUUGCUAAGAGGUAGUGACAUGUAAGAGGUGCUGGGCCUUCUGUAGUGUUUCUCAUAGUGCACCUUUAUUUAUACCCAAGACAUUUUUUGUGGCUGUAUUUGAUUGAUAUGUGCUUCUUAUGAUUCUUGCUAAUUUCAAAGAAUAUUGAAUAAACGUUAGCAGGGCGAGGAC